UCCAUGAUUGCAACAAGCUGAAGCUCUCACAUACGUUCAAACCACCAAAGCGCAGCUCAUGUAUAUAUAGCAUCUUCAUUUCCCUCCAAAGCUCCUCCAACCAAAGCAGCACCAUAGCUUACUAGCAGCCAGAGCUUGGACUAAGAGCCUUAUUAUACACGCUGCCAUUGUUUGCAAUGCCGCCGCCGAUGAGGCCGCCGGUGAAACGCACGCGUCCCCAGUUGCGUCCUCGUCCGGUGCCAUUGGUGACGACGGUGCUCAUUUCCGUAUUGGUGUUGAUCUCAGUGCUGUGCUGCCAUCCUGUCGCCGCCGACGCGAGCAGAGCGCUGCACUACCACCGGAAGCACCGGAGGCACCACAGCAGGCACCACCGCGCGGAGAACGGCGGCGGCCACAUCGCCCUGCCCCCUGCCCCCGCGCUCCCUCCCGACGUCGACGGCGAUUCUCCGGCCGAGCCGCCGGGUUCGCCCCCCGACGCCGGUGACGCGCCAGCGCCAGCGCCAGCGCCGCGCCGUCGGCACCACAUGCCGUGCUCCCCGCCGUCGCGUCAUCCUCAUUCGCCGGCACCGGCCGGCGCACCGGCGCCCACUCCAGCCAAGCAACCGCCGAACAAGACAACCGAGCCACGCUCUCGCGCCAAGCCGCCGUCGCCCGCGCCAGCCAGAGCACCAUCGCAUUCUCAUGCUACUAAGCCACCGUCGUUGUCGCCGGCGAGGCCACCGUCACUGUCUCCCAGAAAGCCGCCGUCAUUGUCACCUUCGCAUGCCAAACCGGCACCCUGCACGCCGGUUAAGUCUAAGCCACCAAAGCCAUCUCCAGCACGGCCGCCGCGGCCCUCCACGGCAAGCCCACCGGCGGCACAUCCUCCGGCCAAGACAUCAACCAGAGCUCCUGCACAGACACCGCGGCCCUCCCCUGCCAAGCCACAGCCACCGGCGCCUUCGACGACGGUCAAGCCACCGCCACACGCCCAGGCCAAGCCCCCCACGCCAUCGCCAGCCCAGCCACCGCGGCCACCGGCGCUCCCUCCAGCCGUGUCAAAGCCAAUUCCGCCGCCGGCGCCGGCGCCUGCCAAGGACAGCUCAUCAGCCGUGUUCGACGUGAGGGCGUUCGGGGCGUCGGGAAACGCCUCGGGCGACGACACGCGGGCGUUCCGCGCGGCGUGGAAGGCGGCGUGCUCCUUCAGCUCCUCCGGGGCCACGCUGCUGGUGCCGCCGGACGGCGUCUUCACCAUCACCUCCACCAUCUUCGCCGGGCCGUGCAAGCCCGCGCUGACCUUCCAGAUCGACGGCGUGCUGAUGCCGCCGGACGGGCCGGCGAGCUGGCCGGCGGCGGACAGCCGGAGGCAGUGGCUCGUCUUCUACAGGGCCGACGGCGUGACGCUGGCGGGGAAGGGCACCAUCGAGGGCAAUGGCGAGGAGUGGUGGGAUCUCCCGUGCAAGCCUCACCGGGGCCCCAACGGAUCGACGCUGCCCGGACCAUGCGACAGCCCAGCACUGAUACGGUUCGUCCUGAGCAACGACGUGACUGUGCGCGGCCUGCGGAUCGAGAACAGCCCGCAGUUCCACCUCAAGUUCGACGGCUGCGCGCGAGUUCUCGUCGACGGCCUCUUCGUGAGCUCGCCGGCGUUCAGCCCCAACACCGACGGCGUCCACGUCGAGAACACCACGGCCGUCCAGAUCCUCAACUCCAGGAUCUACAACGGCGACGACUGCGUCUCCAUCGGCGCCGGCUGCUCCGACGUCCACAUCGAGAACAUAACAUGCGGCCACGGCCACGGCAUAAGCAUCGGCAGCCUGGGCGUGCACAACACGCGCGCCUGCGUGUCCAACGUCACGGUCCGGAACGCGCGGAUCGUCGACUCCGACAACGGCCUCCGGAUCAAGACGUGGCAGGGCGGCGCUGGCGCCGUGUCGGCCGUCGAGUUCACCGGCGUGCGGGUGCAGAACGUCAGGAACUGCAUCGUCAUCGACCAGUACUACUGCCUAGGCAGCGGGUGCGCCAACCAGACCUCCGCGGUGCGCGUCGACGGCGUCGCGUACCGGGACAUCCGCGGCACCUACAACCCGCGCGGCGGCGCGCCCAUCCGCCUCGCCUGCAGCGACGCGGUCGCGUGCACGGGCAUCGCCAUGUCCGGCGUCGAGCUGCUGCCGGCCGGCGGCCGCGGCGCCGCGGGGCUCGCGGAACCCUUCUGCUGGAACGCGUACGGGGUCAUGGAGACGCUCACGGAGCCGCCGGUCUACUGCUUGCAGGAAGGCCGCCCGGAUUCUCUGCAAGAUCAGCUCACGACUUGCUGAGAUUGUGACGUUGUAGAUGUUUUCUUUUCUCUAACAAAACUUCUUUCCUAAUAGGAAACUCAUUUCUAUAUAUUAAAGACGCACCGCUCGGAGCUCAACCAGACUGGCCACGAUAGCAAAAUUAAUUUGGGCCACCCGAUGUGCAUCAUGCGGUCGUCGUUGAUUCUGAAGAUUCUGGUAGACGGAAGAUUCUGGUGCCUUCUGGACAGCAUGUGAGCCUUAUCAGCACACGCUGCUUUCUCCUUAAUCUCCUCCGGCUCGGACCGAACCGAGCUCCCUUCGCUAGUCGAUUCCGACCAUCUCCGGCAGCCCCUUCUCGAUUCUUCACGUGAACACCUCCCUCGCCACCUCUUCCAGCUUCCCAAGCCCUGGUCGAGCUGCUCCCCGGCCGAAUCCGCCAGAAUCGAUCCUGCCACUGCCGGCCGCCACUAGAGUUUCGCCCGUCGCUCCGGUCUGUCGUCGACGACCCUCCUCCAGCCCUCCACCUUGCCCACCCACGUGCAAAAUCGAAUACUCGGUGAGCCUUCGAUCCGUCCGGGUUGUUUCCCUCUGUUUCGCACAUCGCCGGCGCCGAAACGCGGUCGCGCCGCCAUGGUCGACCCGUCGCCGUCGCUAUUGCCGCGCUCCUCGUGAGCCGUGCCACGCCACCGAGCGCGCCGGCCCCUCCCGGGCUCGUUGGCCACGGGCCUGCUCUGCCCCGCCGCCGGCCGCGGGCCCUCCCUGACCCGUCGGCGCCGACCUCAUCCUCGCACCGCGAUGGGGUGCCUCUCCUCUGCGGCGCAGAACCCGUCCCCUCGCCUCGUCCUCCACUCCUCCCACCCCCUCCACCUCAACUUCCCCCUCCCCCUACCCAUGCCUCUCUGCCUGGUCCCCCGCCCCGGCCAGCGCGGCGACCUCCGCCCGAAGCCCUUAGCUCGACUUCAACGACCGGCGCCUAGAUGCGGCUAGGCGGUCGGCCUCACCUCACCUCCACCGCACCUCCCUUUCCGCAUUUCCAUCUCGCCUCCCACGCCGCCUCUCGCGACCCGGACAGAUCGUACCCUCCCGGCACGGCGGCCAUGGAGAGGCUGAUCUCUUUCGUCAACAAGCUGCAGCGGGCCUGCGCGGUCCUCGGCGACCACGGCCAGCAGAGCGCCCUACCAACGCUCCAGAGCUCGCUGCCAGCCAUGCAGUCGUUGGAGGCCAGGUGAUCGGCUCCCCUUUCUUUGCACGCAUUUUGGGUUGGUUCCUAUCGGAUGCAAUCACAACUGCGCGGGGCGACUAUCACGGGUUGCUUGUGGCCAUGGAUGCCCCGUCCUCCCUCUCCUCCCUUCCCUUCAUCUUCCUCACCAGGCAAGGUAAGAUUCACCUCUGUGUUUUAGCUUCCUUUACCCUUUGGGUGGACAGAAGAUUGACCCAGAAUGCAGUAGUCCGAUUUGGGCGAGGAACAACUCUAUGAGAACACAGGGUAGCAGCCUAGCAAGCCAGUCGGUCAAUGCUUGCAUCCUGCAGUGUAGCCACGGAAGUGGUCCUCACCACUGAACAGCAACAUACAGCAUAAUUAAAUCCAAUUGCUUUGCAUCGAUCACAACAAAACAAGAUGCCUAGGCGAUAGAUAAAUGAUCCUUGCAGGAAUAUUGGUUCAGAGUCUACACAAAAAACAGCAGGCAUGAUACUAAUAGUGUGGACUUUACCAAGUUACAGCACAUGCCUCACCAGGGUUUGCUCUUGGUAGAAGGUUCCAGUUCUGUGUCCCAGCAGGCUAUUCAGGAGAGAAGCAGGGUUGAGGAGAUUCGAGUGCUGUUCAAGUUUAGCUGCUACUUGGGCGCCAUAGAAUGUCAAUGGAUUGAACCAAUUCUAAUCGCGAACCCGGAGAAUGAAAGUGCAAAUGCUAGGUAACUACUCAAACACAAUGGCUCUGUUCUCAAAUGUAUAAAAUCAUAAUAAUAAAUUUAUUUUGUUUCCAUUCAUACAGUUCCAAACUUACACAACUAUAUUUUCCUUCAAUUAUAUCGACCAGCAUGCCUAAAACUUGGAAGUUAUUCGAUAAUUCACCUUUUCCCCUCACUGCCCAUCAUUAGCUGAUUCCUCCUAAAAUUUAAAAAAGAAUAUGCGCGCAGGGCAAUCACAAUCAAAGAAAUACGAAAAGAUUUAUUCGUUUAAUCAUAGCAAUCAUCCUCGCCACAUUUGCAGCCCCUUAUAUGGUGCCCAUUUUCAAAAUGCUUCAUCAGCUAUAUUGAAACCUACCUCUCUCCCAUACCAAUACACCCUCAGCUAUUCCAUGGCCAUAGCUCUACCAGUCAAUACCAUUUGGAAAGAAAAUGGAACAGCUUCUGUGUAAUAUCUUAUACAGAUUAUUAGGCACUCUUAUCUCACCAACAACAGUAUGAACCAUUGUAUUUUGGUUAUGUGUCCCGAGGUUAGGAGGUUCCUUUAGUUUCAGAGCCCCAAAACUCUUUUCUACUGCACCUAUUAAUGACAUAUGUACUGUAUUGUGCUCAAGUCGUUUACACAGCUUGGGAUGCUACCAAAAAUUUUCUAAAUUCAAAUGUUGCCAAACAACUUCUACAUGAAAAAACAUACCUCUUUCAGUUCAAUUCAACGAAUGAUAUCCUUCCAGCCUUCAUUGCCAAAAAAAAAGGAAAAUCAUGUCACUUCCUAGAGCACUAAUAAAUAUAACCUUAUUACAGGUAUCACACUCUGUUACCUAUUUCAGAAGCACAACUGAACUGAUAUCUUAUAUUUUAAAAUUUAAAUGGCCUGCAGGAGACCAUGUGCAACAAAUGCUUUAUGAAAGCAACUGGAGACUCCAGGAACUUUAUAAUCCAAUUUCUCAGUUACCAAUAAAAUAUUUUAGUGUAGCUACUAGGGGGAAAACAUAGUUGUUAGCUUUAUUACCAUUGUAAACAAAUCUACCUAUGUAUUUAGAUUCGUACUAGGAGACUAAAUGAUACUUCUCUGUAGAUCACAUGUGGCAUUAUAAAUAUAUGAUUUCUAUAUUUACUCAUGUUGAGAAAAAGAAAAAAAAUGGAUGCCUAAGCCUACUGGUAACAAGAGCCGCCAUAGACCCAAAGGACUUUAUGAUAGAAUGUAUCAGGACCAAAAAAAUGUUUAGCUGUAGAAUCUCCCUACUGAUAUGUACUUCUGCAUUUAAAUUUCAAUGCAAAUCAUAGAUGUCAGCUUUAAUAUCA